CUGGGUGGUGGGCGAGCGUGAGCCUAGCUACUGUAGAAUUGCAAACAGUUGGGAGCAAGCGAAAGCGCGCCAGAGAGAGAGCGAGAGAGUGAGGGAGAGAGUAGGAGGAGACCUAGAAGAGACAGGGAAAGAAAGCGAAGGCCUGAAGACCAACGAUUUGAGACUGAAUGACCAUGGCCGUCUCCGCACCUCCAGUGAUCUCUGCAACUUCCAGCGGCACAGGCGUCGCAGGGGGCUUAUUUCGGGCCGAACCCCUGUACUCGACUCCUGGAGAGCCUCCUCGUCUCACCCCCAAUAUGAUCAACAGUUUCAUGGCUAAUAACCACAGCGGCAGCGCGGGGGCUGGCGGGGUCGGUAGUGUCAGCGGAGGCAGCGGCAACACCAACACCAACGAGUGCAGGAUGGUCGACAUGCAUGGGGUGAAGGUAGCUUCGUUCCUGUUGGACGGCCAGGAACUGAUCUGCCUGCCGCAAGUCUUUGAUCUCUUUCUCAAGCACCUGGUGGGAGGGUUGCAUACAGUGUACACCAAGCUGAAGAGACUGGACAUAUCUCCGGUGGUGUGUACUGUCGAGCAGGUCCGGAUCCUCCGCGGGCUGGGAGCCAUCCAGCCCGGGGUCAACCGCUGCAAACUCAUCACCAGGAAAGACUUUGAAACUUUGUUCACCGAUUGCACCAAUGCCAGUUCAAGGCCUGGAAGGCCUCCUAAGCGUUCUUUGGGAGUGUUGCAGGACAAUGCUCGCCUUCUGCCCCAUUCAGUUCCAGGCCUCUUAUCACCAGGACUUAUCACUCCGACAGGUAUAACAGCUGCAGCAAUGGCUGAGGCGAUGAAGCUGCAGAAGAUGAAGCUUAUGGCUAUGAACACUCUUCAGGGAAAUGGAAGCCAAAAUGGGACCGAAUCAGAGCCUGAUGAUCUUAAUUCUAAUACAGGUGGAAGUGACUCUUCCUGGGAUAAGGAUAAGAUGCAGUCUCCUCUUGCUGCUCCUGGACCCCAACAUGGAAUUGCUCAUGCAGCCCUGGCUGGCCAGCCAGGCCUUGGAGGAGCUCCUACCCUCAAUCCACUGCAGCAGAACCAGCUGCUGGCCAAUAGACUGGAUCUGCCAUUUAUGAUGAUGCCUCAUCCCCUACUUCCAGUCAGCUUACCUCCUGCAUCAGUUGCCAUGGCAAUGAAUCAGAUGAACCAUCUCAAUACUAUUGCCAACAUGGCUGCUGCAGCCCAGAUUCACAGUCCACUCUCCAGAGCUGGGGCCUCAGUUAUAAAGGAACGGAUCCCAGAGAGUCCUUCUCCUGUUCCUUCUCUGGAAGAGAGUCAUCGCCCUGGGAGCCAGACCUCCUCCCACCCCAGCAGCAGCGUGUCCAGCUCUCCCUCUCAGAUGGAUCACCAUUCGGAGAGAAUGGAAGAGGUACCCGUUCAAAUUCCAAUGAUGAAGUCACCCCUGGACAAGAUCCAACUGAUUCCUGGGCAGGCAUUGUCUCCUGGAUUCCCUGGACCAAUCAUUUUUGCUGAUAGUCUGUCCUCUGUGGAGACUCUGUUGACCAACAUUCAGGGUCUACUGAAAGUGGCUUUGGAUAAUGCUCACAUCCAAGAGAAGCAGACUCAACAAGAAAAAAAGGAACUGCGAAUGGAGCUCUAUAGAGAGAGAGAAAUUAGAGAAAACCUUGAAAGACAACUCGCAGUUGAGCUUCAAAGCAGAACUACCAUGCAAAAGCGCCUGAAGAAGGAGAAAAAAGCAAAGAGAAAACUACAAGAAGCCUUAGAAUUUGAAUCAAAGCGAAGAGAGCAAGUGGAGCAAGCACUUAAGCAAGCCACUACUAGUGACAGUGGAUUGAGGAUGUUGAAAGAUACUGGGAUUCCAGAUACUGAAAUAGAAAACAGUGAAACUCCUCAUGAUAGUACUGCUAUGCAAGCCUGAACACUGAUGCCGGAACUCCAACUGAUCAUAGGCACGAAUAGGGAGGUAACUCUUACUAUUUAACAAUGGCACAACAGUUUUAUUCGUCCUGAAAGGUCCUCGCUGGCUUUACAUAAAUGAAGAUGCUUGUGAUUCCAGUUUAUCUCUGAAACUAUUCAACAUGGAGUUAAUUCAAUUGUGUUUAUCAGCAAAGCUUUGUUUACCGAAGCAGUUAUUCAAUCUAUAUUACAUUUUUUUAAAGAAAGAACGUGUGUACAUUUUAAAAGCAAUGACAUAAACUUUGUUUUUACAAUUGAUUGACCAAUUUAAGAAUAUGAGCUAAAUCCUAAUGACUAAAGUAACUUGACCAUAUUUGAUGCUUUUCUAUGCUCACUUCAGCUUGGCUUUUUGUCUUUUAAGGGAAAAAAUGCGGUAGUGUGUUAGAGACUAGAAACAUAUGUAUGGUUUCUCUGUUCUACCAUAUAUUAAGUUAAAGUACACCUUCUUUGUUAAAACUGUACUUGCUAAACUUCAGCAAAAUAAAAACAUUUUGACUUUG